UAAAAGUCAGUCGUUGGAUGACUGGCAGAGCGGAGUGUCAUUAUCUUGAUGGAUUAAUAAAUAAAUUCUGCAAUAUAACGUCAAUAAAACUAAUAUGUAUAAUUACUAGCAGUACAUUAGCUUUCGAGUUUCCAUAGAAAUGUGAACUCUCUAACAUGCAAGUGCUCGACUUUCGGUGUCAAUUUCGUUCAGCCACAUUGAAAUAAUGAGUAAUAUGUUACACUUGAAAAAAUAGUUACACAUUGUGUGACCCUCACAGCUUCCGAAAUCCAUAAAAACAAAUAGUAAAUUAAUCUAAACUAAAAAGUGUCGAUGCCUCAGAUGAUAAGAGUUCUGAUAAGGCCACAAUCUGGCGAUAAGAGUGGCUAUUCAUUGGAACCCUGAGUGGCACUGAUAAGGCCUUGGGGCAAACAUGAAUCAAACAAACCCAAACAAGCUGGUUCAGUUGUCUCGCGUCUUCCGUCAGUGUUGCUUACAUUUGCUAAUUGAAACAUCCCCCAAAACCUAUAUAUUAUGUGGGCUGUACAGCACAUGGACCCACAACAAGUUAACCAGGACUGAAAGGACCAUUAAUGCGACGAUGGUUCAGAGGCUUCUGCAUCGUCUCAACUGCAGUCCUUUGGUGGUUUUUGUGCUGCUCCUAAUCGAUCUCCGCCUGAGUUAUGUGGACUCCAGUUUUCAAGUCCUCCCCGAGUCCGACGAUGGCAAAUCCGCGGAAUUUAAUAUUCAGGAGCUAAUCGAUGUGAUGAAAGUCCUGGAGGAUGAGGAAAUUGUUGUGCGACUGCCUUCGAACUCACUGCUCAAAUACACAUCCUACAAGGAUGUUUCCAUUUUGCAUUUCGAUGUUCCACCCGAUACUCGGACAGCUUAUUUUACGUUUAAGGCUUUCGAGGAUUCAAAAAGUGCCUUUCAAAGAAAGUGUAAACCCAAGGAUGUGACGUUGCAUCUGAAGGCUGGCAGCUUUCCAGUGAUAAGUCCGGAAAAUAUAACUUUUCCCAAGAACUUUUUUAGCUCUGAUCAAAGGUUCAAAGUGUAUGAUUUGCAGUUCCUUUCGAAUGAAAAACAACAACGUAUUACCAUCCAAGGACCGCAUAUUGGAAGCUGGUUUGCGGUGGCCUUUAUAAGCUGGUCGGAUCCCAAUAAUGAUCGAAUCGAACAGCAAGGAAUCGCAGCCAACUGUGACACUUUGCUUUUUGCCGAAAUGUCGGUUUCCCGCUUCCGUCCGAUAAUCAUAAACAAUGCUGAAGAACAUCAGGACAAUUUAACGAGCCAUGUCCUGCCCGAUGGCAACACAACUGUUAGCAAAGGAGUCAACGCAACGUCCAGACCCCUGCGCUCCCUGCCGCCCAAACAAAAACAAAAACAGUCUGUGGAAAUCUUAUCUGAUGGCAGUAGUGGAAAAUCCGGCAGAAUUCAAAACUCUACAGGGUCGGAAAGCCGCAGCAACAGUACCGGCAUCAGCAACAACACAACACCACUGACCGCAAACAAUGAAAUCGUUUACAGAUUCUAUAUACCAGAGGAAAUCGGGGAUGCCAUAGCCCGGAUCUCAUUCGAGCAAGUGUGCGCCGACUGUCCGGCCGUGGGAUUCCAUGUCCGUGCGAAUGGAUACCCGCUAGGCGGUCUGGGUCACGGCUCCAUCAUCCGGCCAAAUCAGACGGACGAAAUCUCAAUUCCGUUUGGCGUGCAACCCAACACAUGGCACUACGCUGCCCUAAGUUUUGUGGCCGAUGAUGAAUCGCAAAUAGUGAGUGGCAAUCACAGCAUAUCGUAUGCCCUGAAAAUCGAUUUCCUUGCCCCGGAGGAGCAGGAUGAUGAGCCAACGAAUGGCUCCAUUACCAAUCCCUGGAAGCCAACAAAAUUCCGUCAAAUGAACUUCUAUUCGCUGUUGCGGCAAACUUACCGCGAGUUCUUCAUGUUCGAUUACGAUCUCCGGCCGGAUGCCAAUGGGACAGUUCCGGAAGUUCUCAAUCUCACAGCUCAGACCCACUCCGGCUUCGCUUUUGACCUGGGCGAGGUGUCCGACAUCGGUGGCACUCUCACUUUUGCCCUUUCUAUGAAGGAAGCCCAUCGGACCAGCUUGAAGAUGAUCGCUCUGCCCACCCAGUCGCCGGAUUUGGGUGGCAUUCUCGCCGAACGCUUAAUAGGCGAUCCCAAAGAGGUCGUAGUCCCGCCGGUCAAGACUACGGACUCUAGAUCCAAUAACCAGAGCAUGCAGAUAAUCAUUUGCAUGCAGUUGGGAGAGCCAGGGGUACCUACCUGGCCGGAUAAGUGCCGCUAUGGGCUGCGAUUGAAGCCCGCGUCCGCGAUUGUCAAUCACACGGAAAGCAUGGGUCUGGUGCAUGUUCCGUUUCCCGAAAGUGGACGAUGGUACGUAACUAUGGGUCUCUUUUGUCACGGGGCGGAAACGGCCAGAGUCGCUAUCGUGGAGAUCGUCAAGGAGUUCAUUAGCAAGCACCGCCAAGUCCUGGGAGAGCUGCGGCCUAGUUGUGGAUGUGCCACCAAAGCUCCCCGCUACUCCGAAUGUUUGGCGACCCCCGCUUGCCUGGCAAAGAUGAACGAAUCCGAAGCCCUCGAGAUAAAGGAGUGCAUGAUGGACUGCGCAGUGGAGUCCACCCAGAUGACGCAACGGUUUGAGGAGCACCGCCGAGCAGCGAUGGAGCAGCAUGUGGCACUGGACAACUGCAACACCUCGGUGGUGUUCACUGUGUCCUCCAGUCCUUGUGUGGUUGGAAGGUGCGGUCGAUUUGGUAGAUGCUAUCACUACAUGUCCGGCGGCUUUGUCUUCAGCACAUGCGUCUGCUCGAAGGGGUACAGGGGCUGGGACUGCACUGAGGACUCGCAGGUGCCCACCAACAUGUCCAUACUGGUGGCCACUUUGCUGCUGACCCUGAGCAACCUGCUCUUCUUCCCCAGCAUUUACAUGGCCAUUAAAAGGCGCUACUUUACCGAGGGCGUCAUCUACUUCUUCGCCAUGUUCUUCUCCAUAUUCUACCAUGCCUGCGAUGCGGGCGAGGAUGACUACAGUUUCUGCCUGGUGAAGAUCGGGGUGCUGCAGUUCUGCGACUUUUACUGCGGCCUGCUGAGCAUCUGGGUUACCUUGGUAGCCAUGGCCCAUGUCCGGUCGGAGCUGGUCUCCCUACUGCACAUGUUCGGGGCCAUCCUCCUGGCAUUCGGCACGGAGCUGAACAAGCAAAGUCUGUGGGUUUUCCUGGCGCCGGCCCUUACCGGAAUCUGCCUGAUCUCCACUAGCUGGGGCCUGCGCUGCGCCAAGAGCCGGAAGCUGUUCCCAUCGCGGAGAUACCUCUCCGUUUGGCUGCCUUUUGGCCUGACUCUGGUAAUAGCUGGACUGGUGUGCUACGCAUUCCUGCAGACUAAGCAGAACUACCACAUCGUCCACUCCAUCUGGCACAUGGUCAUGGCGCUGAGCAUUCUGUGCCUGCUGCCUUCGCGGAAGUCCUUUCUGCCAAAGUGCUAGCACGCGGAGUUCGAUUCCCAUGGCCGGGAGCUCCUGCUAGCUGAGCAGGAGUUCUACAUGUGAGAUCACUGACUUCGUACUACUUUCCUCAUCGGACAACAUUACAGGACCUAGACUAUAGCGCAUAAUGUUAAUUUUGUAAAUAUUAACUAUCCAAAGAUAAGUUGGAAUGGAAUCAACUAAGCACUGAAUGUUCACUAAGCGAAAUGCACGGAUUCUAUCUAGAAAAAAAGAGCCUAUUCCUUAGCCAAUGUAUCUGCAUCUUCUAAAACACCCACUACGGCCUACUACUAUGUGUUUAGAGUGCGAGCAUUACCUACUACGAAUCUGUUAUACUUUUAGAAACUAUUCAAAAAGCCUUACUAAACUUAAUGGAGUGCACGCAUGGAAAUGUGUUUUAAAUAAUUUGAAGUGUACAUAAUAUCUGUUGAUAGAUAAAUCACAUACUAUAAGGUUAGUUUAUAACUAGGUCAUACUCUAUAAACACUAUCGCACUUAUUAAAAAAAAAAAUAGCAAUUUAUUUAUUAAAUAUAUGUUUAAAACUGAUAAA